AUGGUGUUCAGAGGUCUUUGCGUUGGACUCGGCGAGUUCCUCACUUUUGCCGCCGUCGUGCUUGCCGUCUUCGCAAACAUCGGUCAGUUGAGCAACAACAUUGUAACGCGCAACAUCCGCUACGUCUCGGUCGAUACCUCGGGUCUCGGCGAUGCCCUCUCGCGCUCUGGAAACUCCAUCAACAACCUGUACGCCAACAGCCAAUCCUCGCCCGUUGGUGUCGGCAACGGUAUCAAGAACGACUACCAGUGGGGUCUGUACAACUACUGCGCCGGUGAAGAGUCCGGCGGCCAGCGAGCCUGUACCAAGCGUCACUUUGGAUUCGAGUUCCAGCCCGUCGAGGCCAUUCUUGCUGAUGCUCCCGAAGGCUCGCGCCAGGAGCUGCAGAACUUCCUGCCCCGCGGCACGUUCACAAAUUCCAAGUACCUCCGCGACUACUCCAAGCCCGCCAUGUACCUCAUUUUCAUCGGCUCCUGCUUGGCUUUCAUCGCCUGGGUCGCUGGCUUGCUCUCGCACCGCUUCGCCUUCCUCGGCGCUGCCUUUAUCGCUCUGCUUUCCGCUCUCUGCUUGGGUGUCGGCGCCGCCCUCUUGACCGCCAUCUACGUCAAGACCAAGGACUCUGUCAACAACGCCCAGUACGGCAUUGUGGUGCACUAUGGAGACGCGCUCUGGCUCACUUGGGCUGCCUUUGUUGCUGUUGCCCUCUCGAUUGUGCCGUACAUCAUCUCGUGCUGCACUGGCCGAAGCGACGACUACUAA